GAGCGCCGCUUUGACGCUGCGAUAUACACGAUCCCGGCUAGCGCGACUAGUCUUUAGUCUGUUUGAGUAGCGUGACGUGUGUGGUAUAGAAUUCGCAUGUGAAAUUGCUUCAACGCCAAAAAAAUGAAGCGUUUGAAAAAGUGUUGAAUAAAAUUUCAUACGCAAAGUAAAUACAGCAAUAAGUGGAAUUUUCGUAUUAGAAAAGUUUAUCAAACUUUUCGAAACUAAAGCAUUCAACUAGCGAAAUUUCAACCGCUAAGUAAUAAUAAGUGGAAUUGGAGAAACUUUCAAAAUUUAAGUGUUCAAAAAGCGUGAAUUUUUAAAAAAGUGGUUUGAAAAUUUGCUGGAAAAUGAUGUUGUAAAAAUUUUCAAUUAAAAAAAAACAAAAAUUUUGAAAACCUGUUGCACUGUGAGUUUUUGUAAAAAAUAAAAUAUAGGUUUUUUAAUUGAAAAAAGUGACAAACACAAACCCCUUAUAAAGCAACUGUGCAUCAAUCUUUAAAUCGUGCCGCAUUCCUCAACCAUUUGUGGCAGUUCUACAUAAAAGCCCCUUCGGCGCUAAAAAACAACUGGUGGUGUGAAAUUAUAAGCAUGAAAAUAGUAAAACAACAAUAAAAACUGCUAGAUCAAAGUGAGUUCACAAGUGCAUAAAUAUUUUUUUUGUUUUUGCAAGCAACACGUCAUUUGUGCCGCAUAUUUACGCAUACAUAGUGCAUUCAAGAAAAUAACAACAACAAUAGCAAAAAUAUUGCAGGCUUUGUGCAAAACGUGCGUAUCUAUCAAGUGAAAUCGGCUUAAAGGCAAGCCGCUCAGCGCCGCAAGUGGAUUACGCAUUGGAAAAAUAAGCAAAAAUAAUAACAACAACACGUAAAAUCAAAAACCAACAAGUGAAAAAACAAAAACAAAAGCAAAUCAAUACAGCGCAGACAUAAGGGUAUUGAAAAAUAAUAAUUGCAAAAACAACAAUAAUUAUAUGCACAGCACAGCAUAGCAUAUGAUUUACGCUUGUGCCAACGUGCAACGCUUUCGAUACGGAUAUUGCCACAUUGCGCGACCUUGUGGAUUAUUGUGUGUACAGCAACACCGCAUAUGCAUUGCUUGCAUAAACAUUGUUGCCGCAUAGUUGUGUGUGUAUAAUAGUUUUCUACUUUAAUUGAAAUUGUUGCACAAUUCUUUGGCGUAAUUAUUUAUUGGAUUUAAUCGAGAACUCUACGCUACAACAUACAGCACUGUUCAACGCAUAUUAUAAAAGAUGUUGAAACACGUACAAAUCUCGCCGCUUCGCAAUCGUUCCGAUUCGGUUUCACUACGUUCGUCUUGCGCUUCAUCGAUAUGUGGCAGCCCGGAGCCGCCAACUGAGCUGCAGCGCACACCCUCACGCGCAUCCAGUUAUUCAAGCUUGAGUGAACAAUUGCCACAGACGACCAUUAAAGUUUUUACGAAUUGUCUAAAAAUCGAUAUCGAAUAUAAAACACUAGGCAUACAAUGGGACACCACCAGCAAGGAAGUUAUAACACAGCUGCUAAGACGCUUGAAAAUGCGUCAUCGCGAUCCACGUCUCUUCUAUCUGUCUAUGGAAGUAUCGGUGCGACGUGCUGGUGUGAAGACCAUUCUGGUGUUAGACGAUGAUACACGACCGGCUAUACUACAAGCUUGCCACCCGAAGGGCGAGUCGAGAUUCUGCCUUCAAUUAAAGCCAGGUGGCUUAAUUCGUGUACACACUUCGGCCUUACAACCCUCUUCACAGUAUAAAUCGUUAGUUAUCUCCGAAGAAACAACGUCGGAUGAGCUACUACAACUGUUGCUCUCUUGUUACAACUCAAUGGAACCUGUGGAACAGUUCUCUAUAUACGAAGUCUGCCCCGGUCAGGAAUAUCAACGCAAGCUGCAUCCCGACGACAUACCGUUACGCGCUCAGUCGGAACGCAUGCGUCGUGGUGAAACCUGCCAUUUUCUGGUACGACGCAAUCCGAAUUAUAAUCGUCGCCGCCAAUUGCUAGCCACACUCAAUGGUCUAACUAGCAAUGGCACUAACAAUAACAAUAGCAAGUCAUUUGAUGCCAACAGCACCGUUUCAUCAUUGGAGGAUGAUACCAGCCUUUUGGAUAUAUCAAUAGAGUCCCUAACCGACGAUCUACACAGUUUAAUGGCUAGCGAUGAAGAUGAAGAUGGCGCCUCAUCCACCUCUGGCUCAUCGGACACAUCCUCUGAAGGUUCAACCGGUAUGCGACGCACGCCUUCCACACUCUCCGUCGUACCGUUAAAACCGAAGUUAAAGUCAAAAGCGGUAGUCGCCGCCGUCGAUGUGUGUCCGAAGUGUCGCAAUACAUUUAAAUCAUGCGAAUUUUGUCAUAAAAAUUCGUCAAUGAUGUUGCAAUUACAGCGUUCGAACAGCACAUCGAGUAGCAGUAGUUGCUCGACGACCAAAACUCUACAAAUGCAUCUGCCCAGCUACAGCCCAGUUUAUAAUAUACGCGAAAUACGCACUGUGUCGCAUAGUUUCUCCGCGCUCGGCAAUGAUAAGAAGCUACUGGAUAUACAGUUGAAUGGACGCUUCGAUACGAGCGCUUGCACGCGACUACGUCCACAAAGCGUCUGUGUUACGCGCUCCACACGCAUGCUGACCGAUGGCAAUGGCAAUAACAAUGCGGCGGAAAGCGCACCAUCCGCUCAGGCGACGAGUGAUUUGAAUGGCAAUAAUGUGUCGGCAGGUGCGUCGUCGAUGAUGGCGACAGCAUCCACAGUUGGUGGUGAGAUGGUGAACAACCAUCCCGCCAAGGGCUUGGGACAUUUCGUUUAUCUAUAGUUUGCUUAUAUAGCGUUUAGGGGAAAGGGUGUGGAGAGUUGCAUUGUUUAUUCUUCACAAAGACUAGUCAACUAAAAGAGAGAGAGGAGUUUCGGAAAUCUUUCGCAUACAAAUUUUUUUCUUAGAGUGCAUAAGUCGCUCAAUUUCACUAGUGUCGGUGAGGCGUUGAUUUAAGCAGUAAAUGAGAGCACAGAAGUAAUAGAGGACAGAUUAAAUAAAAAAAGUUUUAAGAUUUUUUUUUAUUUUUUUGAAAUAAAAAUGUUUAUUUUUUGUUUUUAACUUUUCUUAAAUCUUUUUUUAUAAAUUAAAAAUAUUAUUUUUACUUAAUUUUUUUUUUUUCUCACCAAAACUUUAAUAUUAUACUGCCCGAAAUGCUUUGAAACAAUUAAAAUUACAAGGCAUAAUUCUAAAUGUCAGCAAUUUAAUGUAUCUAAUGACUCUACUUGAGAAUAAAAUCGAGCUCAUUAAAAUAUUCAACUAAAAUUUUUUUUAAGAUUUAACGAUUUUUUUUUUUUAAUUAAAAAUUGUCUUUAUUUAUGUUUUUAACUUUUCUUAAUUUUUUUUUAUUCAAAAUAUAAUAUUUUGCCAGUUCUCACCAAUUUUUUAUCUCGCACAGUCCAAAAUUUACAGAGCCAGUCGACUGAUCAAUAAACCAAACGUUUUACAAAAUUUUGUAAAAAACCACUUUUUAUACAGUGAGAGUUAAAUCUAACUCAUUAAUAAUAAUAAUGUAAAUUAAUAAAUUUCAACAAAAAAAAAACUUACCAAGAUAUAACGAAAACUUUUAUUUAAAUUUUUUUUAUUUGUUUAUAAUAAAAGUAUUUUAUAGAUUGUUUUGUUAAAUAAAACAAUUAACAAAAAAAUUUUUUAUAUUCUCUUUAAUAGUUUUUUGUACAAAUUAAACUAUUUUAGUCAAUUCUGACCACACUUCAAUCUCGCACAGUCCAAAAUUUACAGAGCCAACCAUUUGAUUAUACAACAAAAAUGUUGUGUGUCUACAUUUUAAUGUCUGUCUCUGUAAUAUUUUGUAAAAACCUUUGUAAAUACCUAUUUGCUCUUUAACCUAUAGUUUUGUUUAAAUAUAUUAGUUAUUAUUAUUAGUUGUACUGAAGUUUGUGUAUUUUUUUAUUAAGUUUUCAACAGCAAAUCGUAGUGAAACCCAACCAAAGAGCAUUUUAACACAAUUUCAAUAGCUUAGUUUAUAGUUUAUGCUUAGUACUUCAACCUCUAUUCUAAUUAGUUGAAUAAUUUUGUAAAAAAUAUAACGAAAUGAAAAUAGGAAAAUAAGUGCCUACUAAAUAUAAUGACAGCUACGAACUACACUGUAAAAAAAUCGAUCGUAUUGCUUUAUUUAUUUGCUUUAAAUAUUUAAAUAUAUGUGUAAAUUGUUGUGUGUAUUUGUAUUUUUACAUAAAAACUAGUUUUAGCAAAUGAACAAUUUGUAAAUUUAUGACUUUUUGUAAGCAGCAAAACUAAUUCCAAAUAUAGUUUAUAUGUUGCACAGUGUAUGUGGUAAAUAUUUAUGCCUUAUACGUGCGGAAGCGGAGUUAAAAAUAUAAAUUUUUUGAAACAUUAUAAAAAUGCCGUGCUUAUGCACAUUUCAUUUAACCAAAAUAUUAUAUAUGCGUACACAGUAGAGUCUAUAGUUAUUAGCACAAUGCUUAAAUAAUUCUUAAAUAAUUACAUUUAUAUGCAAAAAAUAUGAAAUUAAGCUUACAAGCGCUCUCUAGCAUAGGAAAUAAUAUCGCAAAUUGUAUAUUUUUAUAAAUAUUUUAAUUUAUAAACUGUUCUAAAUGUCUGUCCCUCAAGUCUCAUUAAACACUCGACAACUUGUGCAAGCCAAUAAUUUAGCUUUUAGGCUGCUAAAGCAUUCUUUGUAUGUAUAUUUGUAUUUAAUACCGUUGUUCACUCAAUGUAAAAGCUAAUAAAGCUAACACUUUUCUAAAUACACAAGCUAUAUGACACUGAAAAUAAAAUUCAAA